CACUAAAAUAACUGCUCCCCAACGUAAACACAAUAAACAUGGCGGCCUCCAUAUGCCGAUCGCUGCAGAAAAACAGGAUCCAGUUUAUAACUGGCCAUGGGAGUUUCAUCCGCAAUUUUUCUGUUGCGAGUCACAGAAAAGACAAAGUUGGACCACAGGCUCAUUUCUUUCCUGCUGUGUCAACACCCAUGCUACCCAAAGAUACAUUUAAAGGCAAGACAGCCUUUAUCACAGGUGGGGGUACUGGGCUAGGGAAAGGAAUGACCACAGCACUCUCACAACUAGGAGCCCAGGUUGUCAUUACAAGCAGAAAAUUGCCAGUACUAGAACAAACAGCUGAAGAAAUAAGUAGUGUUACAGGGAACAAAGUUCUAGCGGUGGCGGCAGAUGUCCGUGAUCCAGACAGUGUGAAGGCCGCCGUAGAUCGCUGUGAGCAGGAGUUUGGAUUACCCAGCAUUGUUAUCAACAACGCCGCGGGAAACUUCAUAUCCCCCACAGAGAGACUGUCCCCUAAUGCCUUCAGAACUGUGGUGGACAUUGUACUCAAUGGAACAGCUAUUGUCACCUUAGAACUGGGAAAAAGGCUCAUCAAAGCAAAACAGGGUGCUUCUUUUUUGUCUAUAACUACAAUUUAUACUGGGAGUGGAUCAGGAUUUGUUACACCAAGUGCAGCAGCCAAAACAGGGGUGGAAGGCUUGACAAAGUCUUUGGCUGCUGAGUGGGGCAGAUAUGGACUGAGGUUUAACUGUAUAGCUCCUGGACCAAUAGAAACUAAGGGUGCGUUUAGCCGCCUUGACCCGACAGGUCAGUUUAAGGAUAAACUGAUAGAUGUUAUCCCAGUAGGCAGGCUUGGGGAGGUACCAGAGAUCGCUAAUCUAGCCAGCUACAUGGUCAGUGACUACGCCAGCUGGAUGAGUGGAAGUAUCAUAAAUUUCGAUGGAGGCGAGUAUGUGAUGAGAGCGGGGGAGUUCAAUGACUUGAGGAUUGUAACAAAUGAACAGUGGGAUCAACUAGAGGCCAUCAUCAGAAAGGUCAAGGGGUCAUAGAGGCAGCACCUGAUUGGUCUCGGUUUGUGUCCAUAACAACCCUAAUCUGAACUAUUUCUUCUUCCUAAGGAUGCUCUCAUAAAUUUAUAUACAAUAAUGCAUGAAUUGAAUUAAAAAUAUUCUUAUUGAAUGUCAUAAAUCUACAUUGUAUCAAAUGACACUAAUGACUUUAUUUAAUGUCUUUCUAAUAAUUCUUUCUUUGUAAACCUAAUGUAAAAGGUUAAAGAACUUCUACUUAUUUACAGUAUAGGGUCUUUCUAAUGUACAUGUAUUUGUAUUGUGCAUUAUUCUCUCCCAGAUGGUAAUAAUCUCAGAGUUUAUUUCAAGACCCAUAAAUUUGUAUUGACAAUGCAUGUAAUUAAUUGAUUUACCAAUAAUAAUCUUAUGCAUAGUAUCAUAUAUACCUCAAGUUAGCUCGGAUAAUAUAAAUCUCUGUUAAACAGAUAACUGUAUAUAUGUAUAUAUAGUUUCAUGUACUGUUAAUCUUAAACUAUGCAUAAUUAUUAAUUUAUAUUGUUUGUAUGGACAUUUUGAAA